CCCCACCCCCCAAUUUCUUGAUCAAUGUAUCAAAGACAAGGCCAAAAGCAAUAUUCUUCUGGAGAUUUAAAAGAACUUCAACGCGAGCGUCAACAAUCGUUGUCUUCUUUGGAGGAUGAACCCACGAAUUCUCCAGACGGCUCACAACAGACACGAUCACGACGGCGACGAAGCUCCAUCACCAUCAGUUCGCCCACCCUGUUACAGAGAAGACGUGAAUCAUCCUUGCGAAACGAACAACACGAACAGCAACCCUACGAUUUUUCACAAGAGAUGACCCAAGAUACCUCUCACGAGACUCUGCUGGACGACGAAGAGAUGGAAGUGUCACCCAUGCCCACCGGGGCGGAACGAAUGGCUGCCUUGAGAGAUUUAGGGGCUACUUUUGAAGAAGGACAAAAGUCGAUUGCCAAAGUAGCUACACCUACAGGGACAGUAGUACCCAGCUUUGUCGAUUCUGACCAUUUGGAGGUAUAAGCUAGGAGGGGAGGAUACCAUCAACGUGACAUGGGUUCUGAUUCCCUUUUUUUUUUUUUUUUCUU